AUGCUCUUCUAUCGCCUUCUUCCCCUGCUUGCCUCCACUGUCGCUGUCCUCGCCGCACGGUACCCGUCCUUCGGGACGCUGCAGACGCAAACUUCCAACGGCGUCAUGCACGUCGUAAUUAACAACACGUUCUCCGAAAUCAACGUCCUCGACUACCACCUCGCGUUCGACCUGGCGAACCUUCUCGAGCGCCUGCAGGGGAAUGGGACAGACUCUGACGUCCAUGCCGUCGUGUUCUCGAGCGCCAACCCAAAGUUCUUCAUCGCGCAUGUCGACAUAAACCUCUUCGUUACCGGAUUCGAGUCUCCGCUCCCGAAGUUCGACCCGUUUAAUCCGGACAUACUGUUCUUCGACGCGCUCAUGUGGAACAUAACAACGCUCCCGCAGGCGACCAUCGCGGUCAUCGAAGGGCGUGCGCGCGGGAUCGGCAACGAGUUCCUCAUGGCUUGCGACAUGCGCUUUGCGCUCUCUUCCCCGAACGUCCUCCUCUCCCAAACGGAAAACUCUGUGGGCGCCAACCCCGGCGCAGGCGGAGCGAUGUACCUUUCCAACCUCAUCGGCCACGGACGGACGUUCGAGUACGUGCUGUCUGCUACAGACGUCAAUGCCGACACAGCUGCGCAAAUUGGGUGGGUCAAUCGCGUCUUCGACACGCCUCACGAGCUGCAUGACUACGUCGAUAACCUGGCUGCGCGUAUCGCGCUAUUCCCGCUCCCGGGGAUUGCCGGCACGAAGCAGGGCGUGAAUGCUAUUAGCCGGCCGCCACGAGACGUGUUUGUGCGGGACUCGCAAGACGUCAUUAUAAGCGUGACGUCGACGGCUGAGGGCCAGGAGUUGCUGGAUGCCGUGUUGAAGGCAACGAAUAACCAGAGUCUAGGCGCAUUCGAGCUGGACUGGCCGACGGAGGUGGUGAAGCUCUACCAGUAA